AUGGUUAGAAGUGCUGUGAAAGUGGAGUUUGAGACUGGACAAGUUUGGCAGCAGAACCCACAGAGGAAAGAAGCUCAGUCCUAUAAGAUCAUCAAUUUUGCUCCAAGUCUACUGCAAAUCAUAGUAUCAGAUCAAGUUGAAUUUCCAGUGCGUCAAGCAGCUGCCAUUUACCUGAAGAACAUGGUGACACAGUACUGGCCAGACCGUGAACCACCUCCUGGAGAAGCAGUAUUUCCAUUCAACAUUCAUGAAAACGAUCGUCAGCAGAUUCGUGAUAACAUUGUAGAAGGAAUAAUUCGUUCUCCUGACUUAGUGAGAGCCCAGCUGACAAUGUGCCUCCGUGCUAUCAUUAAACAUGACUUUCCUGGCCAUUGGACAGCCGUGGUAGACAAGAUAGGCUACUACUUGCAGUCUCAGAACAGUGGGAGUUGGCUUGGGAGCCUCCUGUGCCUGUAUCAGCUGGUGAAGACUUACGAAUACAAAAAAGCAGAGGAACGAGAUCCUCUCAUAGCAGCAAUGCAAAUAUUUUUGCCUCGGAUUCAGCAGCAGAUGAUCCAGCUUCUGCCUGAUAACUCCCAUUACUCUGUACUGCUUCAGAAACAAAUCUUAAAAAUCUUCUAUGCUCUUGUUCAGUAUGCAUUGCCGCUCCAGUUGGUGAAUAACCAGACUAUGACUCAGUGGAUGGAGAUCUUCCGUACUAUCAUUGAUAGAAAUGUACCUCCAGAGACUUUGCAAAUUGAUGAAGAUGAUAGACCAGAGCUGGUGUGGUGGAAAUGCAAGAAGUGGGCAUUGCAUAUUGUAGCUCGUCUAUUUGAACGGUAUGGAAGUCCUGGAAAUGUAACUAAAGAAUACUUUGAAUUCUCCGAGUUUUUUUUAAAAACCUACGCUGUGGGCAUACAACAGGUUCUCUUAAGAAUCUUAGACCAAUACAGGCAAAAAGACUAUGUUGCACCACGUGUUCUUCAGCAAACAUUAAAUUAUCUGAACCAAGGGGUUAUUCACUCUGUAACAUGGAAGCAAAUGAAGCCACACAUACAGAGUAUAACAGAAGAAGUGAUAUUCUCUCUAAUGUGCUACAAAGAUGAGGAUGAAGAGCUCUGGCAAGAGGAUCCAUAUGAAUAUAUCCGUAUGAAAUUUGAUGUAUUUGAGGAUUAUGCAUCCACUACAACAGCAGCACAGAAUCUCCUUUAUACUGCUGCGAAGAAGAGAAAAGAGGUAUUACCAAAAAUGAUGGCAUAUUGCUACCAGAUUCUGACAGAGCCAAACAUUGAUCCAAGGAAAAAAGAUGGAGCUUUGCAUGUUAUAGGAUCCCUAGCAGAUAUUUUACUGAAGAAGAGUGUCUUCAAGGAUCAGAUGGAGCUGAUGUUACAGAAUCAUGUGUUUCCAUUGUUCAUGUCUAACCUGGGGUACCUCAGAGCUAGAUCCUGUUGGGUACUUCAUUCAUUCAGUGCUUUGAAAUUUCACAAUGAGCUAAACUUGAGGAAUGCAGUAGAGUUGGCAAAGAAGAGCCUGAUUGAUGAUAAGGAAAUGCCUGUCAAAGUAGAAGCAGCCAUAGCUCUUCAGACAUUAAUAAGCAACCAAGAGCAAGCCAAGGAAUAUGUGAAGCCUUAUGUAAGGCCAGUUAUGCAAGAGCUCUUGCACAUUGUUAGAGAGACGGAAAAUGAUGAUCUUACUAAUGUAAUCCAGAAGAUGAUCUGUGAGUACAGUCAGGAAGUAGCUACUAUCGCCGUUGACAUGACUCAACACCUGGCUGAAAUAUUUGGUAAAGUACUUCAGAGUGAGGAAUAUGAGGAAGUAGAGGACAAAACAGUUAUGGCCAUGGGCAUCUUGCACACAAUUGACACUAUCCUGACAGUUGUGGAAGAUCACAAGGAGAUAACUCAACAGCUCGAGAGCAUUUGUUUACAGAUCAUUGGCCUCGUUUUGCAGAAACACGUUAUUGAGUUUUACGAAGAAAUUCUUUCCUUGGCCUACAGCUUGACGUGCCAGAUGAUUUCACCUCAAAUGUGGCAGCUUUUAGGCGUUCUGUAUGAGGUUUUCCAGCAGGAUUGCUUUGAGUACUUUGCAGAUAUGAUGCCUCUCUUGCAUAAUUAUGUGACCAUUGACACUGAUACUUUACUGUCUAACCCAAAGCAUUUAGAAAUCAUUUAUGCUAUGUGUAAAAAGGUAUUAACAGGAGAUGCAGGAGAAGAUGCAGAGUGCCAUGCAGCCAAACUCCUAGAAGUAAUUGUUCUUCAAUGCAAAGGACGGGGUAUUGACCAGUGUAUUCCACUCUUUGUGGAGGCUGUUCUGGAGCGGUUAACUAGAGGAGUUAAAACAAGUGAGCUUCGUACCAUGUGUCUUCAGGUUGCCAUAGCUGCACUCUACUACAAUCCUGACCUACUUCUGCACACCUUAGAGAACAUCAGAUUUCCACACAAUCCUGAGCCCAUCACUGCACAGUUCAUAAACCAGUGGAUGAAUGACACAGACUGUUUUCUUGGACUCCAUGACAGAAAGAUGUGUAUAAUAGGACUGAGCAUCCUAAUGGAAUUGCAGAACCGACCGCCUGCAGUGGAUGCUGUGGCUGCUCAGAUUGUCCCUUCAAUCCUCCUCCUCUUCCUGGGCUUAAAACAAGUUUGCGCCUCACGAGAACUCACAGAACAUGAGGAUCAUGCUAAAGAUGAAAAACACGUUGCAGAAGAUAAUGAAGAGAUACCGAGUGAUGAGGAGGAGACAAACGAAGUGAGCCAGGCGAUGCAAGAGAACCAUGGUGGAGGAGGAGGAGGAGGUGGUGGUGGUGGAGGUGGAGAGGAAGAGGAAGAUGAUGAUGAUGAUGAUGACUGGGAUGAAGAUGCAUUGGAAGAGACUGCCCUUGAAGGGUUCAGCACACCUCUUGACCUUGAAAAUGGUGUUGAUGAAUACCAGUUUUUUACACAAGCACUUUUAGCGGUGCAGAGCCGAGAUGCAGCCUGGUACCAUUCGCUGACAGCACCGUUGAGUGAGGAUCAGAAGAAACAGCUGCAGGAAAUUUAUACAUUAGCAGAACACCGGCGAAAUGCUGCAGAGACUAAGACAAUAGAACAACAAAGUGGCUACACAUUCGACAACAAAGGACUGAUCACAGCAUUUAACUUUGCUGGAAGUACUCCUGGUGGCAACUGAAGGAUCAACUACAAAGGUCAAUGGGAAGGGUCUCAUCAUCACAUUUUCUUGAAAUCAUCGUGACUUCUGAGUGAUAGGGGAGGGUAAUUUAAUGCUGCUGAAGGUUUUCUGGAAAAUAGCAGUGUGCUUCCCCCACCAGAAUGCUCUUUCUAACCAGCUACUGUAAUGUACAAAUUCUUGUGGUGUUUUUAUAAUUCGAUGGACUGAAAGGAAACAUUUGUCCUUGAGGAACCUGAAUGACUGGGAGGGGCCAGGCUGCAUCUAAUUGAGUUGCACUUCUCAGGUUUUUGCUGUGCAGAAUUGAUAGAUUCAUAUGGAUAACAGUGCCUUCUGUUGUACAUGGAUUGCCUGAACAAAUGGAUUUUGGAGUGCAUUAUAAUUUUUUAAGUGUAAGGACAUUUCUUGAUACACUGUAAGCCUUGGUUCCAUGUUUUCCAGUCACCUGCUUUUUACUACUCAGUUUAAUUGUUCGUUGGUUGCAUACACGUUGCUGGAUUCAGAAUAUGAUUUCAUCUUCCCUAUUUGGUGCAGACCAAACGUGUAGAGGGAGGUGUCUGUUGGAGUUGCAAAGCAUACACUGGUUACAUCAAAGGGUCUGAACAAAAUUGCAGAUUUUCCCUUGAUGCAGUAGUCUUAAAUUAUUUCUCUUAGCCGUGAAAUCAACUCGCUUGAGUUAUGAUGGCACGCAUGGCAGGUGGCUACCCUAAAUCUGCAUUGAUAUUACCUCCUGCCUGGACAAGUGGUGUGGCCCUCGCAUGUAGAUGUUCUACAUGACAACUUUUUAUUUCCACUAUUUUUGAUGAAUAUUGGAUUUUACUUGGGAUUCUAUAAAACUCUUUUCUGUUUUUAUUCAUUCAUUACCAUUCCAGUGGUAGUACUGAAUAAUGUGGUACAAAAUAUUUACAGUAUUUUAUUUAUCUUGAUAGAAGAAAAACAGCUCCAAACUUAUUUCUUCUUACUCUUACACUUCUGUGAUUGAAUUUCUGAUCUGCAUUCCAUUUGGCUGUUCUUGUCCCAUGCUGAAAUUUCAUUAUCUGCCAGAUUUUUUCCUAAAUUUCAAAGACUGGUUUCUCAUAAAUUGAAACACAUAUAACAAAGUGUUUGUGAAUAUGUUUAUUUAGUGAGAAACUGAUAGCAGUACUAAUUUGAAUAGGUGCCCCUCCUUUAGAUCUAUUGGGAUCACAGUGGUGUAGCCAAAGUAAGUAGGGGUGCUUUAGAAUGUGAAGUUUGGAUUGGAGAUAAAAUGUUUAGACCAGAUUUUGUCUCGAUGUGUUAAUUUCUUUAUGACUUAAAAACAUUUACCAAGCAAUUUUAAGCGGAUACUGAUAAUGUAUUUCUUUAGAGCAGUGCCGCAACUGAAAAGUCGAAGCCCUUCCCAUAUCCCAUCAAAUUUUCAAUGGCUGUAGCGGAUUACAGAUUGCUGGCCCGGCACUGUGCUGAAGCUUUCAUUUUUUAUAUGUCAGAGUAAUUAUAAUUCAGUCUGAUAAAUCUGAAGUGCUCUACACCUUCGCUUCUGGAAAAGGCCAAAGUAUCUCCGUCUGUUCCUUGCCCCAUCCUCUGGAAUUUUCUCAGCCUGGCAGCUGUGGGGCAGAAGAUUCCCUGCUGCUUUCCUUUUUCCUGCACCUUUGUGUCAGACUCUCUCUGGUGCUGUUCGCUGCUGCUGCUGCUUUUUUUUUUUCCCUCUCCACACAGCAGCUGCGGAGUAAAGUUGGCCUGGUUCGUGUAGGUUUUUCACUGCUGCUACUCACUUAAUAGCAACAGUGAAAAUUUCUCACUUUUAGGUCUGUUGUACAUAUGGAAAACUGUGGAAAUUCCAGGGUCUGUAUUUCCAAAAGGGAACAAUACUUUGAGCUGCAUUGGACAGGCUCUUUAAGCUCAAGCAACAGGGGGCUGGGACAUCCUUUAUUUUGAACAUCAAGCCAUGAAAAUUAUGUCACUUUUGCUGAUUUAGGCCUGGGGGUAUAUUGACUGAGAUGGUAGGAAGGCAUUACAUCCAGUUUGUUGGUGAGUUUCUCAGAAACCGUAGACGUUUUGAAAUCCUUCAGGAAUUUAAGAAGCGGUUUUUGGAAGAUAAGGACAUGAACAACUUCUCUCUUACCUGACAAUUGAAGUUAAGUAUUAGGCAGGUAAACUGUUUAAGCCCAUUAUUAUUUUAUUAAAAAAAAAUGAGAUUGUCAAGUUGGGUUUCUUUCAAAGCCCAUUUGCCUUCUCUACACUGGCAUGCAGAGUAGAAGAGGGAUUUAUUUUUCUCCUGCUAAUGAGGUUGCUUGCACAGUCACAAGCUAAUAUUUGGGAGUUAAUGUGUUCAAGGAAAAAUCUGCUUUUGCAUAGCAUCAUCUUUGUGUCACUCAGCUGAACUAUGGCUGCUCCCUAGUUCUGCUUCUUGUAUACUUUUCAAAUCAACUGCCAAGAAAAUUUCAUCCAGAUGUUUCUUACAAGGGGUUUAAUCAGCAGCGUGGAGUCGGGAAUCUUUGUUGUCUAUUUUCAGUGGGGGUCAGAGAUGUCUGAGGGGAUGGCAUGUAGAAAGGUUAAAUGCCCUUCCUAUCCCAGGAGAUUCACGAGCAAAUGUUUCUACUGGCAAAAGCAAAUGUUAAUUAUUUUAUUCCUUUUUUUGAAAAGGGUUUUCAUCCAAAAAGAUUUAUUGGGCUCUAGCCUCCACUUCAACAUAUGAUUCUCUUUUAACAUGAUAAAUAUCCGUUUGUACAUGAUCAUAAAUAGGUAAUGGAUUUUAGGGAUUUCUUUCUGAGCUGUGUCCAGCUUUGUACUACAUUAAAGGGAGAGUAACACAAA